UUCUUUCAUACAUUCUAAAUCAGAUAUUAUUGGAGCUUUUUCCAUCAAUCCACCAUCUUCUCAAGAUCGUCUUGCCGUAAAAAAAAUGAAUUCUUUCUGUAGAAACAUGGCCGGGGAAUCGUCAUCUAACCAACACGACAUUGUUAGUUGCCCGUUUCUGCGUAACAUUAACGAACCAACUAACUUCUCCUUUUCAUCUUCCGUGGCUCUUCCAUUGCCGGUCCGCGGAACCAAAGGUCCUAUAUUUGAGGACGGUCCCAAUUUUGAUGCGGCAUUCAGGAUUUUUCAUGGGCAAAAUGGCGUGGUUCCACUUUCUGAUCAAUCAUCGGAUUGUUCGAAGUUGAGGUCCGAACCAGCUCCACAGCAGUUCAACCCAUUAGCAGCGAAGGCAGCUACUAUCAGUCUCUCGGGUUUCGGUGGGGCCUUCGGAUUUGAUGCAUUCAAUGAGAUGUUCAAGAAUCAACAAAGAAAACACAAAUCAUCCAAGAAAGAGUCUUCGCAGAAAGGAGAUGAAAUAAUGGGUGAAGAAUGGCUGCAAAAUGGGAAAUGCCCCAUGGCCAAAUCCUAUAGAUCAGUGAGUAAUGUCCUACCAAUGGUGGCCAAAUCCUUUAAACUCCCGUCAGGCAUAAACUACAGGUGCCCACCAAUCAUCGUGGCGGCCCGAGCCGCUUUAGCUCGAACCACCUUUGCAAAGAACCUCAGGCCCCAACCGCUGCCGGCAAAAGUGCUUGCGAUCGGAGCCAUGGGCAUGGCGGCUAACGUCCCUUUAGGGAUUUGGAGAGAACACACUAAGAAAUUCUCACCUUCUUGGUUUGCAGCGGUUCACGCAGCCGUUCCAUUUAUCGCCAUGCUUAGAAAAUCGGUGUUGAUGCCCAAAUCUGCCAUGGCUUUUACGAUAGCAGCUUCUGUUCUGGGCCAGGUGAUUGGAUCUAGGGCUGAACGGUAUCGCCUGAAAGCAACCGUUGGUGCGUCCCAUCAGGUCGCUGUGACGAGUGAACAUUGUGGCGAGCCCGUCGACUGGGAAUCCAUGCCUCUGAAGGUCGCUGUACCGGCGUCUUGAAUUUUGUAACGAUUAUUGUAAGAUGUAAAAAAUUUCACCAUGUAUUUAUACUAUUUAUUAUAUUAUGUUUGGAUCGACAUAAUACAAGAGGCUGCAUCUUUAAUU